AUGUACAUCAAGGAUCAACAGUGGAGUACUUAUGUUGCUCCUGAUAGUUCCAGCUGGGCAUGGAAGUAUAUUUGUCAGGCCAAAGAAGAAAUGAAGGUGAAAAUUGGAGGGGAUCAAUGGUUGCAAGACAUCAGGUAUAGCAUUAAGAAACAGUAUACAGCACUGAAUGGAAGUGAUACAAGAGUCCAAUGGAGCUCUUAUGUGUGGAAUAGAUACACUCAGCCUAAGCAUCGAUUUAUCUUAUGGAUGAGUGUGCAAAACAGGCUGAAAACCAAAGACAGGUUGAAAAGAAUUGGUGUGUGUGCUGAUGAUGUGUGUCCUAUAUGUGGACAACAUGGUGAAACUGUUAAGCACUUGUUCUUCCAAUGUUACUACAGUAGUCAGUGCAUUGAGCAGGUGCUAAGAUGGUUGGGUAUGCAUUGGAAUGCCAGGAAUGUACUUCAGCUAUGUAGAUGGAUCAAAGGGAGAUACACUGGGUCCAGUUUUCAGAAAAAGGUGGGUAUAGCUGCUGCAGUUUACUCCAUCCAUCUGGAGAGUGCGUAA